AAGCCAAACAAAAAUCUAAGUCAACAGUAAGGUUACUUAUUCAGUAGUUCUUCUCUCUCGAAUUUUCACUCACUUUCUGUGCAUCAAUGGCGGCGAUAAGUCUCCGGAAGGGGAACACGCGGCUUCCGCCGGAGGUGAACCGCGUGCUGUACGUUCGGAACCUUCCCUUCAACAUCACCAGCGAGGAGAUGUACGACAUCUUUGGCAAAUACGGCGCCAUUCGCCAGAUCCGCAUCGGCACCAACAAGGACACUCGCGGAACCGCUUUCGUCGUCUACGAGGACAUCUACGACGCCAAAACCGCCGUCGACCACCUCUCCGGCUUCAACGUCGCCAACCGCUACCUCAUCGUUCUCUAUUAUCAACAAGCGAAGAUGAGCAAGAAGUUCGAUCAGAAGAAGAAGGAGGACGAGAUCGCGCGCAUGCAGGAGAAGUACGGCGUCUCCACCAAAGAUAAGUAAAUGUAAAAUACUUCGUUCCUUCUCGGAAGUGCCUAGGGUUAGGGUUUGGGUUUUCGAGACUCUGUUUGGUGGUUUUAUUGUACUGUUAUUGUUGGAGUAAGUAUAAGUGAGUAUGAAUUCAUGUUUACGAUGUUAUUUGUGAGAAUGAAAUCAAAUAUAAAUUCAUCGGAAGUGCCUUGUGGUUGUUGGUUAGGGUUUUUCGAGAAACUCGCCUCUGUAUUUACUUUGGUUUAAUUGUGUUGCCGUUCGAGUUGCUAUUGAAUAGUAUAAACGGUUAAACUCAA